AACUCAAGGAAAGAGGACGAACGUGCUCAUCUUCCUCUUCCUCAUGAACGGUGGUUGUUGCCCUGCUGAAACGUGACAUCACAACCAUCUCUUCAGCACGCCAACUUGAUAGAUUAAAUUUGCCCGCUGGCUCGCAGCACAAGCACGAGCACGAACUCUCAAGAAAGCAUGGCAGAAAACAGAAUUUUCACGCUUUCACAGAUUGCCCAGCACAAUUCAAAGAAAGAUUGCUGGCUGGUGAUCGAUGGCAGAGUACUGAACGUGACAAAUUUCCUGGCGGAGCACCCAGGUGGAGAAGAUGUGCUGAUAGAGGCAGCAGGGAAAGACGCAACAAAGCACUUCGAGGAUAUAGGGCACAGCAAGGCCGCUCAGAAUAUGCUCCCCAAAUAUCAGGUGGGUGUUCUCCAAGGUUACACCAUUAAACACACUUCUUCCGUCCAGCCCCAGGAAACUAAAAAGAAAGAAAUGGAAGCAUAUGUCAUCAAGAACCAAGGCAAACUUAAAUACGCUGCUCUCUUUGAGUUCUUUGUGCCGCUUUUGGUUGCUGUUUCCUACUUUGCUUACAGAUUCCUUUGCCGGAUCUGAUGACAUCGUCUAUUAGACCAAUUAUCAUUUUCCUCCAUUAUGUGUUUGUUUGUAUUUUUCCUCGUGAAAUAAUAUCGAUGAUUUACACUCGUUAAAGUCA